UUUCGAUUAUUUUCCAAAGAUAAACAAGAGUUACUCUGGUUUUAUUAUUUGAAUUAGUUUGCCUAUUUCUUGCUACGGUACAAUGGUAAUUUGUACGUUCUAUUUGAAUAACAACUGCCGCUUUGGCUCCAAAUGCAACAAUGAUCACAUUGAUUUAUCUUCCGUCAUAAAAACUGAAGUGGAUGUUACACUCAAGGGUAACCAAUGGCCAUUAUCUUGUUUUGGUCCCUUCAAGGGACGCAACUGUGUGCCGAAUUUCGUCGAAGAUUACUCUUUCGAAGAGAUUCGGAUGAUGUUCCUGGAGGCAAAAAUACAGAACAACAUUGCAGGCCAUCAAAUGCAGUUAGCACAGAUGAUCAAUGAUGCAAAGCAGAAAAUGCAAUGGCUGUCCACUACCAACCGGGAUAUAAUGAAUAUUCUUAUCGAGAUUUAUAAUGAACAAGAGGACUCGGCGAAGCCACUAGCUGCUAAUCAAACUGGAGGCAAUCAAUUUGGGACACAAAUUAGUGGCACUGGAGCAUCCACUGCUGCUAGUAUUUUUGGAGGUGGAAGUCCCGGAGGGUUUGGAACGGCUAAUUCAACAUUCAGCGCCCCAACAAAUACUGCUGGAAAUAUUUUUGGAGCUGCUCCAAAUCAGACGACUGCCAGUAUUUUUGGUGGAGUAACAAGUGCUAAUGCAAUUGGGGGUAAUUUAUUUGUGAAGCCAGUCCAACCUGCAGUAACAACAUCCAACGUGUUUGGCAUUCCUGCUUUAGGACAACAGCAGCAAUCGAAUAGCGUUUUUGGUGCUCCACCCGUGUUCGGAGCAACAUCCGCAUCGAUAUUCAGCUCCGUGAAUCAACCACAAGCUUCAUCGGGAGGAGCCCUAUUUGGAGGUGGUGCUAUUGCCCCAUCCUCCGGGAAUCUUUUCACUCAACAGACUCAGUCGGCUUUUGGGCAACCGACACAAGCGCAGAAUCUAUUUGCAAGCACAGGUCAACCUCAACAAACGACGGUAUCCCCGUUUGUGGCAACCCCGGCCUCGACAACUGGUAAUCUUUUCGCUAAUAGCUCUUUUGGAUCACCAGUACAACAAACUGCUACGUCACAGCAGAAUGUAUUUUCAUCUGCAUUCGCUGCACCUGGUCAACAGACUUCCAAUCUUUUCGCACAACCCGUUCAACAGCAGCAACCAACGCAGGGUCUCUUUUUACCGGCACCACAAGCAACGCAGCCUAUUUCUGCAAUGACAAACCAGCCGGUCGCACCAUUUGGAACCCCAGCUCAAUCUGUCUUUGGAGGUACUAGUCAACAGAUAGUCCCACCGACGGUGGCUAUCCAGUCAGCCAAUUUGUACAGUCGACUGGAAGACCUAAGCAAGGAUCAGCUGGAUGCGUUCAAUGCGGAACGGUUCGAAUUGGGCAAAAUUCCUACCGUGCCGCCACCACGGGAGCUUUGCGGUUAACAUGAGCUUUUUAUGUCUAUGAUUUUAUUUUCCUCAAACUCGGACGGAUAAAAAUCGAUGUUUGAUGAAUAAAAGUGAAAGUAAUGAUAUUAGACGUCUUUUCUGUUUGUUGUCUAUGUGGCUUUCGCCACUAGUAAGUGCCAGUCUCCAGAAAACCGUUCUUCAAGUUCUGUUGAACGUUAAGUUAAACCAAUUUUCAGAAAAUAAUUUAUCA